GCACGGACACAGCCGUCCGGAGUCACGUCACCCGGGCAACGCAGAGCAUCAGGCGGUGUUGGCGGGAGUUUCCUGGGGCCGUAAACUGUUUUGCAGAUAUCGCUGCGGGGUUUCUCACGGAGGACGUCACGGUCGCUUUCUCCCGCGGGUGCGCACGCAGCUGGCGGAGGAUGACCGGAGCUCCGGUGCUGCUGCUGCUGCUGCUCAGCGUCCGCGCUGCGCUCACUGCCGCCGGGUCCCUGAACGCACCGCGGGGCCACGCAGGGGCCCUGGCCCCGGACGGCCGGCCGGAGGACGGGCCCGGCGUCCCUGCGACAGGUGUGGACCGGCGGCGGCGUCCCCUCCCGGAGAAAACACGUCCGUUCGUCCUGGUGGGAGGAAAGAGGAGGAGCCUCCCCGAAGCUCUGCAGGACGGUCACCCUGACCGGCUGCAGUGUGGACUGGAGGUGGGAGGACGUCUCUUCCUGCUGGACCUGGAGAAGAACCACGACCUGCUGCCCAAACCGCCCAACGUCUUCUACUACCUGCCCAACGGCACCGGGGUGUCUGUGAGAGCCGACCCUGUGACUCACUGUUAUUACCACGGCAACGUCCGAGGAUUCCCUCAGUCCAGAGUGGCUCUGAGCACCUGCUCCGGACUCCGCGGCAUCAUCGCCUUCAACUCCACCCUGAGCUUUGAGCUGCAGCCUCAGGAGGACCUCCACCAGCAGGGGGGGGAGGAGGGGGGAGACGGGAGCGGAGGAGGAAGCGGAGGAGGAGGAGGUGAAGGAGGAGGAGUUCACCUGCUGUUCUCCACCAGCCCUCUGGAGGGCGACGGUGCUGCAGGAUGUGGGGUGUCACACACCGCGGUGCCCCCUCUCCACAGCUCCACCCACACACACCGGAGUAAGAGAGACAUCCUGUCUGAGACCAAGUACAUCGAGCUGGUGCUGAAUCACCUGGUGGCCGAUCACCAGGAGUUUCUGAACUACCAGAAGAACAACAAAACCAUCAUCUACCGCAUGCUGGACGUGGCCAACCAGGUGGACUGGUUCUACCGUCCUCUGAACGUCCGCGUGGCGCUGACCGGUCUGGAGAUCUGGAGCGACCGCGACAAGAUCCGUGUGGAGAAGAGUCCCACCGACACCCUCAACAACUUCCUGGAGUGGAGGACCAGAGAGCUGCUGCCCCGCCUUCGCCACGACAACGCCCAGCUGGUCAUGGGCGGCUCGUUUGACGGCACCACGGUGGGGAUGGCCUCCCAGUCCUCCAUGUGCUCCAGAGACCGGUCCGGAGGAGUCAACGUGGACCACCUGGUCAGUGUUCUGGGCGUGGCCUCCACUGUUGCUCAUGAGCUCGGUCAUAACUUGGGGAUGAGUCACGACACCGCUGAGCGCCGCUGCUCCUGUCAGAACGAACGGCGGCUCGGAGGAUGCAUCAUGGAGCCAUCGACCGGGUUCAUGCCGGGUCAGCAGUUCAGCAGCUGCAGCGCUGCAGAUCUGUCCGUCAGUCUUCUUCAUGGAGGAGGAAUGUGUCUGUUCAACGUCCCGCAACCCGACCGACUGCUGGGAGGACCUCGCUGUGGAAACCUGUACGUGGAGACGGGGGAGGAGUGUGACUGUGGGCUGCUGGAGGAGUGUGAGGACCCCUGCUGUAACGCCUCCACCUGUCGGCUUGUUCCUGGAGCUCAGUGUUCAUCUGACGGCAUCUGUUGUCACGACUGCAAGCUUCGGGCUGCCGGUUCGGUGUGUCGUGAUCCGCUCGGAGAGUGUGACCUCCCAGAGUUCUGCACAGGCUCCUCCCCUUACUGCCCCCCCAACGUCUUCCUGCAGAACGGGGAGCCCUGUGAGGACGACGCCUCCUACUGCUACGAGGGUGUCUGUGCCAGCAUGCACACCCAGUGCCAGAUGCUGUGGGGACCCAAUGCCACCAGCGCUCCACCUGUCUGUUUCUCAUCAGUCAACAAACAAGGAAACAAAUAUGGAAACUGUGGUCAGCUGACCAACGGCUCCUACAUCCGCUGUGGGAACUCUGACGUCCACUGCGGUAGGAUCCAGUGUCAGGGCGGGAGGGAGCGCCCCCUGCUGGGCACCAACACAGAGAUCCUCACCACCACGGUGCGCUUCAACCACAGCGACCUGGUCUGCAGAGGGACCUUCUUCCACCUGGGGGACGACGUGUCGGACCCCGCCACCGUGGCCCAGGGCACCGCCUGCAGCCUCGGAAAGGCGUGUCUGAACCAGAAGUGUCAGGACGCGUCUGUGUUCGGGGUGGAUGAAUGUCGCAGGAAGUGCAACGGUCACGGGGUGUGUAACAGCAAUAAGAACUGUCACUGUGAGGUGGGCUGGGCUCCUCCUGACUGCAGGUUCUCGGGUCACGGAGGCAGCGUGGACAGCGGACCGGCCCGAGCAGCUGGAGAGUCCGACCCGGUCCGAGUGGCUCUGCUUGUCAUCUUCCUCUUCAUCGUGCCCCUGGUGCUCCUCUUCCUCGCACUGCGCUUCCCUCGCUUCCGUCAGAGCUUCCUGUGUUUAGGACCCAACAGCCCGCUGCAUAAAGGACGACAACACAACCGGACGCCGGUGAUGGAGCGAGUAGACGGACGGAACGGAGAGCAGGUCCGACCUCUGAGGUAUCACCUGAACCCUCCGACAGACAUCCCACUGACUCCGCCCACCAAAGAGGUUCAUGACCGACCUGCUCCUCCCACUAAGCCACUCCCCCCUGACCCCGCCUUAAAACCCCCGCCGCAGCUGCCGGGGAGUCGACCGACUCCGCCCAACAAGCCCCUCCCCCCCGACCCCCUCACACCUGGACAGGUUCCUGUUCCACCCAAACCUGUGGUUCCCAUAAAGCCCCGCCUCCUCCCCGGCGUCCCACCACCACAUCCCCCCCACCCCGCCUACAGCGACACCAAACCUCCACAACACAGAGCCGUCGCACCGGCAGCCGGUCGCAGCAGACGACCUCCUGUUCCUCCCGUUCGACCCACAAACCCUCAGAAAGUGGAAACGUCUCCUCUUUAACUGACUCAGCGUCUGAAGGGAAACUUUAUCUGAAGACUUUCACAUCAAACCUCAAUAAACCGGAAGAUGAAGAUGAUGAUGAAGAAGAUGAUGAAGAUGAUGAAGAAGAAGAAGAUGAUGAUGAUGAUGAUGAAGAAGAUGACUUUAUACCCUUUUUGCACUCAGUCUUUGGAUUCUCACUUAAUCCUUCAUGAACUCACAGAGACUGUAAAUAAAUAUAAACGUGCCUUGCUCAGCAACUCCGGCAGUCGUAUUGCGGACACUCCGGAAUUGAACACCCGACCUCUGACCGACGGCUGCAUUAAAGUGUCUUGGUGUCAUUAAUGUGGCACCCCAAGCAGCUGUUCAGUGCCUUGCUCAAGGACCCAGAGACAGGAAGUAAACCUGCGAUGGAAAUAAAGACUAAUAAGCAGAGGGGUUCUCAAACUGUGGUUCCGGGGCCCUCUGAAGGGCCCUCUACUGGACCCUCUGGAGGACCCUUCAGAACAUUAAACCAGUGGAUUAUAUUAUCAUGGCUUUAUUAUUUUAUCAUUUCUUCUAAUGAAGUCGACGUUUAUUGAACAGGGUUGAAUCAUCUAAACUUCCCUCAGAUGGUUUUAAACCACAGACUCGUCCUUUACCUGAAGAGGACAUUCUGAAAGGAUCCUGAAGGGUUAAAGGUCUGGAGCGAAGGAGUAUUAACGAUGUGUUCAGGGACACAAUCUGAGAGUUUGAGAAUAAAGUGUAAAUAUUUUUAGAAAACUAAAAAUGAAUUAUGUGGAAAACAUGACCAUCUUUUCAUUUUUAUGACUUUACCAUAUAGAUAUUAUGACUUUAUUUUUAAUAUUAUGACUUUAUUUUUAAAAAUAUUAUGACUUUAUUUUUAAAAAUAUUAUGACUUUAUUUUUAA